AUGCUGGAACUCAAAAAGUUCAUCGACCUCAGACCUCCCACAUUCGUAGAGGUUCCUCAGAGUGCAACCGCAGUGAUUUCCAAAAUUCUGAAUUUCUGCAACUUCUACGACGAAGGCUGAGAACGUUUUGACUGAGAACGUUUUGAAAUCCAGUGAGUUGUUCCGUUUGAAUUCUCUAAGAAUUUUCAAUUUUUCAGUAACGCCUCUCAUCUGGAAAGUCUGCAAAGACACAUGGGACGUGACCCGCAACACGCAUCGGCAGUUCAAUGACUUUGAACACGUCUUGGCUUGGAAAAUGUUUUCACUCAACUUCUUCAUUUACAGAAGCUAG